AUGCUGCUAGGAGGUGCCCGGCUGCUCGGAGUGCGUCUUUGGGAUGAGAGGCAGCACAAGGACUGCAGCCCCAUCUCUUCGUUUUUGGCUCGGCAGGUUGACACGGAUGAUGUUCUCACCAAGGAAGAGCAGAUUUAUCUGCUGGGUGAAGCGAAGGAGAAAUGUCAAACAAAUGUCAACACCCAGCUGGAGAAAAUCAAAGAUGCCAGCUGCUUUCCGGAAUGGGAUGGAAUUAUCUGCUGGCCCGAGGGCUCCCCAAGCCAACAGGUGUCUGUCCCAUGUCCAGAGUACAUCUACGACUUCAACCAUAAAGGCCAUGCCUACAGACACUGUGAUGCCUAUGGGAAUUGGGAGCUAGCGCUCAACAUCAACAAGACGUGGGCGAACUACACGGAAUGCACUGAGUUUCUCACCCCUGAGCGCCGGAGCCGAGAGAAGGAGGUGUUUGACCGCCUGCACAUGAUGUACACCAUCGGCUACUCCAUCUCCCUGGCCUCCCUCAUCGUUGCCGUGGGCAUCCUCUGCUACUUCAAGCACCUGCACUGUACACGGAACUACAUCCACAUUCACCUCUUUGCCUCCUUCAUCUGCCGGGCCGCCAGCAUCUUCGUGAAAGAUGUGGUGCUUUACUCCGGCUCGCUGCCCGAGGAGCCGGAGAAGAUGCGAGUAGAUGAUUUAAAGGGCGAGUUGGGCCCCUUUCUGGGACACCGGACCCAGCUGGUGGGCUGCAAGGUGGUUGUGACACUUUUCCUUUAUUUCCUGGCCACCAACCACUACUGGAUUCUGGUGGAGGGGCUCUACCUGCACAGCUUGAUCUUCAUGGCCUUCCUCUCCAACAAGAACUACCUGUGGGUCCUCACCAUCAUUGGCUGGGGUCUCCCUGCUGUAUUUGUGUCUGUUUGGGCCAGUGUCAGGGCCUCCCUGGCGGAUACACAAUGCUGGGACCUCAGCGCUGGGAAUAUGAAGUGGAUUUAUCAAGUCCCUAUCUUAGCAGCCAUCGUGGUGAAUUUCGUCCUCUUCCUCAACAUUGUGCGGGUUCUGGCGUCGAAGCUCUGGGAGACAAACACGGGGAAGCUAGACCCUCGGCAGCAGUACAGGAAGCUGCUGAAGUCCACCCUGGUGCUGAUGCCACUCUUUGGGGUCCAUUACGUGGUGUUCAUGGCAAUGCCCUACACUGAAGUCUCCGGCGUCUUAUGGCAAAUACAGAUGCACUACGAGAUGCUGUUCAACUCCUCGCAGGGUUUCUUUGUGGCUUUUAUCUAUUGCUUUUGCAACGGGGAGGUGCAGGCGGAGAUUAAGAAAGCUCGUUUCCGGAGGAGCCUGGCGCUGGACUUCAAGCAGAAAACACGAGUCACCAGCACAGGGGGGAGCUGCUAUUAUGGUGGGCUGGUGUCACACACCACCAACAGCGUCAGCAUGAGCAUCACUGGACGGGGGGCAGCAGGGGCAGGGAUGCAGCAGAGUGCCAAGCAUCGGGUCCUGCCACUGUCCCCACAUACCAGCCUGCUGGGAUAUAUCCCAAGCUCCUCUGCUUCCGACAACUCUGUGCCCUCCCCAACCCAAGAGAUUCCCCAGAAGGCCCCUGGGGAGAAUGCCAAGGACGUUGUGUGUUUCCCAGACCUGGGUCAAAGUCAUUCCAGCCUGAGUAAAGAGGUGGAGACUAUGCUAUGAAGAGAGCAAGCAUGUCUCCAACCAGACCCUCCAGACGGGUCUGGAAAGAGUUUGUAGUGUCAUGUGGCUGCCAAAAGGGUGACUGUAGUUUUGGGCUGUCUGUGAACAGGCAUUAUGCCAAGCAGAAUGGUUGCAAUGGUCCCUCUGGCUGUAGCUCUGUUGUGACUGAACCUGGAGUACAAGGUUCAGUGGUAGGCAACAUGCUACCACAUAAAAAAGUGGGGAAAUUGGAUGGUCAAAGAAGAGCAAGAGAAAUGAUCAAGGGACUGGCAAAGGAGAAAAGAUGUAAAGAGCUCAAACUGGACAGCUUAGCUAAGAGGCAACGUGGGGAUGGGAAUCUGCUGGUUUGGGGCCAUAGGGCCUAAAGAGGUAGUCCUCUUCUGCACUGUACUUUUAACUUUAGGCACAAGCAGGCCCCUUGAAAUCCACUGAACUACUGUGAUUUUAAAGGGAAGCAUGUGUUUAAAUGCUUUGCUGAAUCAGGGCCUUUGAGAGCAAAUUAGUAAAGCUUGGUCAUUCCCCACCA